AUGGGUGCUCAUAAUUCGGUCGCCAGUCGCAUGAUACAAAACUUCCCAAGCAUAACAAUUUGGACAUGCAUUUGUCAUUCUUUACAUUUGUGUGCUAGAGAAGCGUGUAAAAGUCUUCCUCAACGCUGCGAAGAACUUACUCGUAGCAUUUACUCUUUUUUCUCCAUGAGCUCUAAGAGAAAUGCUCAAUUUGUUCAAUUCCAAGAAUUUUGUUCAACGAAUAUCCAUAAAAUAUUGCAUCCAUCUUAA